AUGGCUCUGGUGCUUCUCCUGCUCUUGGUGUGCACUGCCCCCCUGGGUGCCAGCCCAGAGCAGGGCCAGGCGAGGCGGGAGCCGCGGCGCCUCUCGUGCGUGCGCUGCUGCGGGGCCCACGAGCAGCCCGUCCCCAUCAUCUCCUCCCGGUACACCAGGAUGAGCAGUGACCCUGCCUACUCGGUCCCCAAAGUCCAGCCCACUAUAGAUAUCACCAUCCUCAAAGGUGAAAAGGGUGAAAUGGGAGAGAAAGGGUACCCUGGAACAGUUGGGAAGGCAGGAGAAAGAGGGCUACGUGGCUUUAAUGGACGGAAGGGGCAGAAAGGCCAGCCUGGCCCUCAAGGCCACUCCUGCAAGCAGCUCUACGCUGCCUUCUCGGUGGGUCGGAGAAAACCCCUUCACAGCUCAGACUACUUCCAGCACGUCACCUUUGACACUGAGUUUGUGAACCUUUACAAGCACUUCAAUAUGUUCUCGGGGAAGUUCUUCUGCUACGUUGCAGGAAUCUACUACUUCAGCCUCAAUGUCCACACCUGGAACUUCAAGGAGACCUACCUGCACUUGAUGAAGAACGAGAAAGAGGUGGCCAUCCUCUAUGCCCAGCCCAGUGACAGGAGCAUCAUGCAGAGCCAGAGCCUGAUGCUGGACCUGCAGGAAGGAGAUGAGGUCUGGGUGAGGAUGUUCAAGCGGGAGAGAGAAAAUGCCAUCUACAGUGAGGAGUCUGAUGUUUACAUCAUCUUCAAUGGCCAUUUAAUCAAGCCAGCAGUAGAGUAG